AUGUAUAAACUAACUGAAGAACAACGUUGGUCUAUUAUUAUCGAAUGGAAAAAAGGCUCUCUAAAUGUCUUAAAAUUUGCACGUUCCUUCAAAUGUCACUUUACUACAAUAUACCGUGUGAUUAAUUAUUAUCGUCGUCAUAAUGAUGUCAAUUACACAGAUCGAUAUAACGCUGGCCGUCCACGUGCUCUCGAUUCAACACAAAUCAAACAACUUGAUCAAACUAUACGACAAAACCGAGCAGCUACUGCCGCUGAAUUAUUAUCACUCACACAGUUCAAGAUUACCGAACGUACGAUACGAAAUUAUCGUUUAUCUCUUGGUUAUCGUCCUCGUAAGUCAGUUGUUAAAGUCAAAAGUAACAAUUUAGAUGAACAAAAACGAUAUGAAUUUGCUGUUACUCAUCAACAUGCUAACCUCAAGAAUUAUAUUUUCGAAGACGAAUGUUAUUUCGGUUUAAGGGAUACACAGCAGAUUGUUUGGUGUAAACGACGAGAGCCAACACCCAAAAAGGAAAUUUCAUCACUACGAGCACAUGUUAAUUUAAUUGGUUUCAUUUGGUGGAAUGGUUUUGUUUUUCGUCGAUUUAAUGGCUGGUUAAAUAGUGAUACAUAUUGUGAAACAGUUAAUCAAGCUUUAUCUAAAAAUUUAUGGGAACUAAAUGGAUAUUUAUAUGUUUCUGAUGGAAUUAGUUGGCACAGAAGUGCUCAAUUCAAUGAAUGGUGUGAUCGGUAUAAUAUUGAAUUAUGUGAAUGGCCGGGUUAUAGUCCCGAUUUUAAUGCUGUCGAAUUAGUCUGGAACAUUAUCAAACAAAAAGUUAAAACAAAAAAUCCUAAAUCACAACGUGAACUGGAGAAUGCUAUUGAUGGAGUUUUGAAUAAUUUAUCGUUAAGUGUUAUUCAAUCAUGUAUUCGAAAAACUCAGAAUGUUUAUGGACAAUUUGUAUCAUCAUAUUAG